UCUUCCAGCAUACGGUACUUCCAUUCCUCUUCUUGCGCCAAUAUGACAUCAGUAUAUGUGACGGUCGGAUCAACGGGAUUCGACGAGCUGGUGCGAGCCGUGAGCACCAAGGCGUUCCUGCUUGCGCUGUCGCAGCGCGGAUUCACGCAGCUAACCGUCCAGUACGGGUCGUCCACAGAUGCAUUCCGGCCGCCACCGAGCGCUAAAGACCAGCAUGGAAUCCGCAUCGACUCGUUUGACUACACAGACCGGCCCCUGCAAUACAUUGAGCAGGCGGGGCUGGUGAUCUGCCAUGCCGGCACGGGCUCGAUUCUGGAGACGCUGCACAGCCAGCGGCCAGCGAUUGUGGUGGUUAACGGGAGGCUGAUGGACAACCACCAGCGCGAGAUUGCGGAGGAGCUAGCGGGCAGGGAGUUUGUGGUGUGUGCAGAGCCUGAGGAGCUGGUGCAGUGCAUUGAGGAAGAAAAGUACAGGGAGCUGAAGACGUAUCCGCGCGCAGACCCGCAGCCCAUUGGCGAGAUUCUGGACGAGGAGAUGCUGUGAGUGGCAGCCGGGAGGGGCGUUCAUCUGCGGGGAAUGUGAGGGGAACCGGGCACCUUGGCUUGGUCUUUUUUUCGCUGAUACUAGCUAUCUGGGUCACA